AUGGCUUAUGAUCGCUAUGUGGCCAUCUGCCAUCCCCUCAGACAUUCCACCAUUCUGACAAACUCAGUGGUGGCCAAGAUUGGCCUAGCCGUGCUGCUGAGCAAAGGCAUAUUCGUAUUGCCCUACCCCUUCCUACUGAGGCAAUGGCCAUAUUGCAGAACCAACAUCAUCCCUCAGCCUUAUUGUGUACAAAUGGCCGUGGUGAAGCUGGCCUGCACCGACAGCCGUGUUAAUAGUUACUACGGCCUCUUUGUGGUGUUCUGUGUGAUGGGUCUGGAUGGGAUUUUCAUUUUACUCUCCUACGUGCAGAUCCUCAGGGCCAUCUUCAUCCUCCCUACAAAGGACGCCCGACUGAAGACGUUUUUAACCUGUGGCACACAUCUCUGCGCCAUUAUAAUCUUUUACAUCCCAAGUGCCGUCUCCAACAUCAUGUCUCGUUUCACACUGAAUUUUCCCCAACAUGUCCAUGUUCUCCUUGGCAACAUGCACUUCCUGCUGCCUACCAUGCUAAACCCCAUCAUCUACGGGGUGAAGACCAAACAAAUACGGGGCCGGCUGCUUGGGCUGUUUACUCAUAAAUAG